AGUAAGGGUGGUAGCAUCUUCACUUUCUUUUAAGCAUAACCUCUCAUUAGAUUCCUUUGUCCAAUUGACAUAUUGGAAGUGUAGAUCAGUGAUCGCUUCUCAGUACGUGCGUGAAAUUGAAACGAUUUAUGACAACUGCAGUACCCUGGGUCCAAAUUCAGUUGCUGGUACCGUGUUGGGUAAGGGUGCAAAGGAAGUUGCUCCUUCCUAAUCUAUUCUCUUCACCUUGAACAAGGUUGUUUAGUCUUGAGGGGAGUCUAGGGGUACUAUUGUUGUACUAGGAGUACACGUCAGUUUUGUUUAAAUGGUUGGGUAUGGUUUUUAGAUAUGUUUGGUGGCGAUAGAAUUACUCUGGUGUUAUGUUGGUGAUGGUACUAUGUCCUUGCUAGCCACAGACUAUUCCUUAGCACAUGGAUCCCACUAAUGUAGAGGAUGACCCUUGGCUACACCGCCACCCUACUAGUUGAGAUGAGCAUAAUCCAGAGUAGUAAUCAUCUGUACAGCUCUCUUAACAGGGGGAACAGGUGUCAUUGCUCGACAGUCAUUAAAGAUGAUAUUAGGCAGAGAUUUCUCCUUUCCCCAUAUUCGUCUCAUUUAUCCUACUGCCCCAGUAAGACCAUAUACACUUGCUGGUGGUAUUCAUCGAAAUGUUUGGUUUGAUAGGCUUGGAAUGUCAUUAGAGACACCAGAUGAUCCCUCUACUUUGGAACCAAUAGCAGAAGAAAUUAGCCAGUUGAUUGAGAAGGAGAUCAGCUUAGGAAUAUCAGCUAAGAGAGUUAUAAUAGGUGGAUUUUCGAUGGGAGCCAGUCUUGCUAUGCAGGUUGGAUAUCGCUUUCGACCAGAUAUUGGUGGUGUAUUUGUUUUUUCAUCUUUUUUGAGCAAAAGUUCCGAAGUUUACAAGGUUCUUGAUUCAUCAUCUACAAAGAAACCCCUUCCACCGUUGUUGAUGUGCCAUGGAGCUGUUGAUGACAUUGUGCCGUACGAAUGGGGCCAUUACACUUUUGGUGAACUACAGAAAAGAGGCAUUCCUGCUGAGUUUCAUAGUUUCCCUCGUUUAGACCAUUCAUUGAAUGUUAAGGAAUUAAAUAUAUUACAGGCAUGGUUAUUGAAACAUUUACCAGAUGUGUGAACAGGAGAUGUUUUGCUUUGAAGUUUGAGAUGUAACAAUUUGUAGCAUAGGAAAGAUGUAGAGACUUAUCUAUGGGCCCAGAUUAAUUUCUCAAAGAGAAUUUGAAUGACCUGGAACCAAAUAUUUUGAAAUUGUGCUUAUCAAGCCUGUUGCCCAUUAAUAUUUCCUUAUUCUGGUGUUUCAUAAGACUACACUGAUAAAUUAUGCUUGUUAGACAAGGUCAUUGAACCAAAUCAGAGCUGUGAUACAGGUGCACACAUUGUUAUGAGAAGGAAUCAUUUGUUAAGUAUUUGUUUGUCAUGUACGUACUAGGAUCAACAGACAUCCAUAUGGCAGGUUUCAGACUGUUUUAUGAAGAAAAAUGUUUCAUUACAACUAACAGCAUCAAGUUUCACAAUGAUUCAUCACUGGUUUGGAUUUAAAUAAAAUACUCUUUAUUAUAAUUAA